CGCCGAGUCGUUAGUGAAACAAGCCACACAAUUUGCAUUUUCGGUUGCUUGCUGCGGUUGUCGGUUUCCCAUAACAAACUUGCCUAACGUUUAGGCGCGUGCGUUUUUAAAGGCUAGGCUACAGCACUAAACUGAUAUUAGGGAUUAGUCCUAUAGCGUUUUUCAAUGUAGAUUUUCAAAUGUAUGUUUAAUGUUCUUGUAAUGAGCGUCAUUUAAGAUUGGGAGCGUUUACAGUGAUUGUUAGGCUACUCUGUAACUUCAGCAAAAAAUAACGACAGCCCAUUACCCAUCAGAGUAGCCGAUAGUCCACUACGCCAGCAGAGCUUAAAAGAGGAUGCUGUAGGUUAUGACCUAACAUGAUACAAGUCUAAUACAGCCUAUACUACAGUCUAUGGUCUAAUACAGUCUAUACUACAGUCUAUGGUCUAACCGGCCAGUGGCCUGGAUUGUUUUUCGUAAAAGGCAAAACCUAACUAAAUGGAAACCAAUAUUUGUAUUAUUAGGUUAGUAUUCCUAAUAUAAAAAUAUCAUUACGUGUUUUACACUAAUCCCCCUACCAUGGCCAUAUCGGCUACAUGUAUUGUAUGAGACAGUUCUGCUUUGAUAAUGAAUUUACCUGGACUUGUUUCAGAUCAAUACUCCUGGACCAAUGCUGAUCAAUACACACACUCUCAGAUCAAUACUCCUAAAAUAUUGGAGUGUGUUCAUCGUAGAAUCAGAGCUUCAUAAUUUUAUGUGAUCAUGACAUACGUUCAGAUAAAGUGAGCCUAUCCUCCUUCCAUCAUAAUUUGGGCCCAAGACUGGCAUAUACACACACAGAUAGACCAGUUGCUCAAUUCUGCUUAUUUCAUUGGAAAUGCAAUUAUAAUAUUGAUAUAAAUAUAAUGUCAUUAUGUUUCCAAAAUUAUUACAAUUCCUAUUAAAAUUAGGAAAGACGUUAUCUAUUAAUUUUAAAGAUGAAAGAGAGCAACCUAAAUUAAGAUCAAACCAAGAAAGUGUAACUGAUAGUUGUCAGUUUAUUUCAGUUUAUGGUAUAUGCAACUUGCUCCUGGUCGGAAUUGGUAAGCCGUGGACAUGGUUAGAGAAAGUCUGAAUGGGUUCUAAUCACAGCGUGGAGCCUAAUCAUUAUUUUGACGUUUAUUUUGACGUCGAUACGUCCUCCUAGUCGCUUCGUGGCGCUGUGUGAGAUCCUUGGUCUUACAUGUUGUAAACAUGGACGCAAAUCCAGUGUUAUUUCAAGGGGCUCCGCCGUCGCUGUCAGCUAAAUAUGAGGGAUCCUUUGCAUACUUAACUAUCAGAGACCGUCUACCUACCAUUCUGACUAAAGUCAUUGACACCAUCCAUCGCAACAAAAACAAGUUUUUUGAAGAAUAUGGCGAGGAGGGUGUUCAGGCGGAGAAGCGGGCGAUCUCGUUCCUCUCUAAGCUGCGUAACGAGCUGCAGACGGAUAAGCGUGUUCUGCCGCUGACGGACGGCCAGGAGGACGCGGAGACGUGGAACAGCUACCUGCAGUACCAGCAGAGCCACCAGGGGGAGCUCUCACCCGUCAGCUGGUUCUCCUCCCCCUGGCUCUACGUGGAGUGCUACAUGUACCGCCGCAUCCAGGAGGCCCUCUGGCUCAACCCCCCUGUGAAUGAGUUUGACGUGUUCUGGGAGGGGAAGAGCCAGAGCUUCCUGGACUCCACAGCAGCCAUCACGGCCCUCUGCACACACAUGGAGCUCGUCAGGAGAGGCCUCACACACUCCUCCGACUCCCACACACUGGACCAGCUGUUCAAACUACUGCAGGUGUCACUGUGGGGUAAUAAGUGUGACCUGUCCAUCUCGGCGGGGCAAGAGAACUCUCAGAAGGGCAGCCCCCUCGACUCCCUGGACAGCCUGCGGGCAUUCGUGCUGGUGAACCACUCCAAGCAGGUGUGGUCAGUCCUGGCAGCUGCGCGCGGGGACGGGCAGGGUCAGAGGUCGCCGGGGAGGGUGGACAUCGUCCUGGAUAACGCCGGCUUCGAGCUGGUCACUGACCUCGUGCUCGCAGACUUUCUCAUCGCCGCGGGCCUCGCCACGGAGAUCCGAUUCCACGGCAAGUCCUUCCCCUGGUUUGUCUCGGACGUGACGGCGCGGGACUUUGAGUGGACAAUAUUGCAGACCUCUGCGGCCAAUCACAAGUGGAUGUCUGCGUGCGGCGUCCAGUGGAAGCGCUACCUGAAGGAGGGUGUGUGGUCGUACCACGACCACGCGUUCUGGACCCUGCCGCAUGACUUCGGUGACAUGGCGUCCAGCGCACCUGAUCUCUACGCUAGUCUUCGCUCCGCGCGCCUGCUGCUCUUUAAGGGCGACCUGAACUACCGCAAGCUGGUGGGCGACCGCGACUGGCCACACACCACGCCCUUCCACCUGGCCCUGCGAGGGUUCCAUCCCGCCCCACUGUGCUCGCUACGCACGCUCAAAGCCAACGUGCAGGUGGGAUUGGAGGCGGGUCAGGGGGAGGAGCUAAGCACAGCCACAUCCACCUGGAUGACAAGUGGCAGCUACGGCGUCAUCCAGUUCUGCAGUUCCGACCGCGAGCAGUGACUUCACACACACACACAUUACAUACACAUACUCACACAUACACACACACACACAAUACAUACACAUACUCACACAUACACACCCACACACAUUA